CUUCUGAGCAACUCGAGACUCAGCCUCUUUUAUUUUAAUAUAUAUUUUAUAAUUUCAUUAUUAUUAUUAUUAUUUAAUUAAUAAAUCAAUUAUCAAAUUAAUUAACUAAUAAAUCAUCAAACAUUUUAAUUAAUUCAAUAAAAUUACAAGUGGAAAAUUUAAUUUUAUUUGUUAAUUUAAAAGAAAAAUGAUUUUUUGAUUAAUUGGCCAAUUAAUUUUAAUUAAUUGAUCGCGUUUGAUUAAUUAAUUAAUUUCAUUUUUCAAUUAUAAUGAUUCAUGUGGAUGAAAGUGAUCCUGUUGGUGAAAUCGAACCAGCGUUUCCUUAUAAAGAUGUUACAGUGAGACGCGUUGAUUUCAAUAGCAAUUAUGAUCUACAAGAUGAGCUUGGGCGGGGUAAAUUUGGUACAGUAUAUUUAUGUAAAGAUAAAAAAAAUAAUUUGAAAUUAGCUGUAAAAAUAGUAAACACAACAAAAAAAGAGGACAGACGUUCAGUAGAACGUGAAGUCGAAAUAAUGCGACGGUUACAGCAUCCGAGAUUGAUUCAAUUGUAUGACGCUAUUGAUACUGGAAAACAAUUUUACGUCGUAUUGGAAUUGAUUGAAGGAGGGGAAUUGUUCGAGAGGGUCAUAGACGAUGAUUUUGUACUGACGGAGAGAAGCUGCGCGGUUUUUAUGAGACAAAUUUGUGAGGGAAUUGAGUUUGUUCACUCGCAGAAUAUUUUGCAUCUGGACAUGAAGCCAGAAAAUAUAUUAUGCCUUACCAAAGAAGGUAACCGCAUUAAAAUAAUAGACUUUGGUCUAGCAAGGCAGUACGAUCCACGUAAAAAAUUACAAGUAUUAUUCGGCACUCCAGAAUUCGUUGCUCCAGAAGUCGUUAAUUUUGAUCAAAUUGGCUUUGGUACUGAUUUGUGGAGUAUUGGAGUCAUUUGCUAUGUCCUACUGUCAGGAUUAUCACCUUUCAUGGGAGACACUGAUGUUGAAACAAUGGCUAAUGUUACGAUAGCUAAAUAUGACUUCGAUCAUGAAGCUUUUAAUAAUAUUUCAGAAGAUGCCAAAGAUUUCAUACGCAGCCUCUUAGUUAAAGACAAAGAAAAACGCCUGACAGCGCAUCAGUGUCGGCGUCACCGUUGGCUCGCGCCAAAGGCGACCUCUACAAGGCCCAAAGACGCCCCCAUACGCAAAAAGAAGAAGAAGAAAGAAAUUGUUAAGCCAAAUUUGCCUUUAAAUAACAAUAACAAUAAUAAAGUGAAGAGUGAACUAGAUGUGACGAAAGACAAUUUGAAAUUAUUCGUCGAAAGAUGGCGGGACCAUCCGAAUAGUCCAUAUUUAUUUGACGACAACGGCACAGUGGUGGGGGAAAGGGACCAGGAGUCGAUGUCGUUGCGAGGUCAGAGUCCAUCUCCACCAGAGAGCAUCUGUAGCUUGACCUCCGACUCAGUAUUCGACGAGAGGUUAGUCCUGAAUGUCCCCAACCUCGCAUUUGAGCGACGGGCAUCCGAGGGUCAGGCCCAGGAUUCUUACACUCGGGACCCUGCGUCCCAAAUUAUCAUCGCCGAGGAAAUAAUUAAAUUAUCUGAGCAUCUGAGGUCGAUAACCUGCAAUCAAGUAGUUGACAAAAUGGCGGCAACUACUGCAGAUAAAAUGGCAGCAACUAAUUCUGACAAAAUGGUGGGAAAACAAAAUUUUUAUAUUGAAUCUAAAAUUGAUAACAAAAUGGCGGACAGUAAAAUCAGUCAUGUAGAAAAAAAUAGCGGGAAUAUUCAAAUGAAAGUUAGUGACAAUAUGGCAGAUAAAAAUUUCAACAAAAUGGUGGGUAAAAUUGGCCACGUGGGUGAUGGGACUCAAGGGACUCAAGUGAUAGAGGGGAAAAUGGCCACUGUGGGACUGAAAAAAUUUGGAAACAUGGCCUCGAAUAUGAGUGAUGGUACUCAAACGAUAGGGGGCAAUACGACCGACAAAAUGGCGGCGAAAAAAGUCGGCCAUCUUGAAAUGAAAUCUGGUCAUAUAUUAUCGCUCACGGAAAAUGUUAAUGACACAAAUGAAAUAAAUGAAAAAUUGACAGCAAUAACUCGAGACAGAAAAUUAAAUGGCACUAAAUUUAACCCCAGUAAAAUUUACAAGCAGUCGAAGGAAGAAAAGGUGGAGUUUAAGUUAAAUCGAUUCGAUAAAGAAGAGGAUAUCGAUUUAACGCCACCAUGGAGGAAAUCGAGAGCCAAACAUCGAUUCGGAGAAACUUGUCGUGACGUUCCACGGAUUACUAACCUAGAAAAUUUGCACAAGACGAUGAAUUUAGACGAGCCCAAUAGCGCGAAAAAUUUGUUGUUGAAAUUGUUGGACGAGUGGGACCACGAGCCUCGAGCGCGGGGCGUAAAUUCGUUGCCCAGGAAGUCGAUAAGCGUCGACUGGAAUGACGAGAGCAUUGGCCGUCAGUCUAUGAACUCUUUGGCGCGGUAUUUUCAAACCGUUCAAAAUUCUCGGGAUACUUGAGUUGCUUUUUAUUUUUUUAUUGGAGACCGGUAUUUUUUUUGGGGGAAAAAUAGGUAGGGUGAAUGUAUUGAAUAUGGAAUUUAUGAGUUUUGUGUUGGCAGUAAAAGACCCAGUGCACGACAAUUACAAGAGCAUCGAUGGCUGGCAUUGGCUCUGGAGAAUCCGAUCUCGAAAGUUAGACUCAAGAGAUACG